AUGGCUGGAACUGCAACUACACUGAAAACUGCAACACAAGAAAUGCCACUCAACAUCUAUUCAAUCUUCGUUGGCCCUCCAACAACUGGAAAAUCACAAGCAAUCAAGGAAUGCGCUAUAUCACCCAUGGCCAGUGUAACGGCAGAAGCAGAUUCUGCAAGCCCUGUAAUCCAGAAAUAUACCUCGUCGAGACUGAUAAAAACAGUCGCAGACAACAACAGAGGGUUCCUUUUGUCAGCCGAGAUUUACGACGUCCUGUUCAAAUUGCUAAAGUCUGACGAAGAAAAUGCCACUGGCGAUGUACAAGCGCUAUGUCAACUGUUCUCUGGAGAAGAGGCCUCCUACCGCUAUGCCACUGAAAAAACGCGGGAAAUAGCAGCAAACACGCCAUCUUAG